AUUCAAUAGUGGAGUCAUAGAACCUCCGGUUACGAAGCGGAAAACCGCGGAAUAAGCUUUAUAUGUGAAAUAUACAGUUUGAAGCCGAAGACUCCGCGCAAUGAAAAAACAAACAUGAGAAAAGGAAGUCGAUAACUUCUCUUCUUAUCUACGCCAACCAAAAUGCUUUCCGCGCCAGUGAACCUCCCAAAGUGGCUCGAGGAGAAUGCCCAUCUCUUAAAGCCGCCCGUCAACAACUACUGCGUUUACAAUGAAGACUUUACAGUCAUGAUUGUUGGCGGUCCCAACGCUAGGACUGACUAUCACAUCAAUGAAACCCCGGAGUGGUUCUACCAGUAUAAGGGGGCCAUGAUGCUAAAGGUUGUUGACGGUGGGAAGUUUAGGGACAUUAUCAUCCGUGAGGGAGACAUGUUCCUAUUACCGGGUAAUACGCCCCAUAACCCGGUGCGUUUUGCCAAUACUGUUGGUGUGGUGCUCGAGCAGAAGCGGCCUAAGGACACUAUCGACCGUAUGCGUUGGUACUGUCAGGAGUGCGGCGAGAUCGUCCAUGAAGCCGCGUUCCAUUGCACAGACCUCGGAACUCAGAUAAAGGCCGCCAUCGAAAGGUUCAUGUCGAGCGAGGACACUCGAAAGUGUGGAAAGUGUGGCGAGAUAGCGAACUCUGUGCCCAAGCCUGGAACUAUCAAAGACCCGAACUUAGAAUAAAAAGCGGUAUUACGUGUCUGGUCUCUGAUAUACUUCAGGAAAUGUCAAAGCAACGUGGCGUUUUUCUGAAAAAGCUCUGUUCCAGUCGUACUGGUUCAACACACGCAAGCCUACUAUAAUGGUCAACCCAAGAAAAAAAAAAAG